AUGGCUUCUUCAUCAUCACCUUCACCAGUUUUUACCAGAGUUUUAACAGGCCAAGAUGAUUCAGCACCUUCACCAAUUUUUACCAGAGCUUUAAUAAGCCAAGAUGAUUCAGCACCUUCACCAAUUCAAAGAAAACGUCAAGAAUACCAAAAUCCAACUGCAAGACCUAUUUCUCAUUCAUCAGACCAUGACAACGAUGAUGAUAAUAAUAGUAAGAAUGAUGAUGUAAUUGAAACAUUAGAUGAACAUCCAUUAUCGUCUGCCUUGCAUGAAGUGAAUGAUGCUCUUAUGGGCGUACUUAAAUCACAUAUUGAUUUGAUAGCAUCAACACAUCGACGUAUCAAUAGACAUAAAAAAACGAAAAACAAAGAUUAUCAAACAUUUCAAAGAAAUUUUUCAGACGAUAAUACUGAUCAUCGCCCACAACAGGGUUUGAUCAUUGAUAGUCAAACACAUUAUUACGAUUCUAAACCUAUAAAACGUACAAGAACAACAUCCGAUGUUCAACAUUCAUCAACUACAUCUUCAAAACAAAUUACUCAGAAACAAUAUGAUGAAUUAAAUACUAUUAUUGAUAAUAUUAAAAUUUUAUUACCAACUGUACGUAAAUUAGUUGAACAAAAACCAGUUAUGUCAUCACAUUCACAAUCAUCUCAAACAUCAAUACCUGAUGAAAACGAAGUAGUAAAUUUAAUUUCAACACCAUUAUCUCCUCCACUAACAACAUCAACAACAUCUUCCGUUCAAUCUCCUCCUCCACCUCCGAGAACUUGUACAUCACCUCGUGUAUCUGAAACAAGUGAAAUUGUUGUCUAUCCAUCGUCUGUUAGUUUAAAAGGUCUUCUUUCUUAUCAAGAUGUAUUGAAUGCUAUUGAACGUGAAUUUCAUUUACAUGAAGGAGAAGAACGUGAAAUAAUUAUGAAAUUAUGGUUAAAAGGACAAACAAUGCUAUCAAUUUUACAACGUUACAGACAUUUAUUACGAGAUCUUAAUUUAGAUGAUGAUGAUUUUUUAGGUGGAUUGAAGCGUAUACGUGAAAUGAUUAAUUAUGCUGAUCGUGAUGUUCAAUAUCUUCGUGAACAAACAACUAUGCUUGAAAAUCAAAAUCAUUUUCUUGAAAAUGAAUUUCAUAGACAAUUAGAUAAAGUUGUCGUAGAAAAAAAUGAACAAAUUAGUCGAUUAAUUCAAAUUAUUGAUCAAACUUGUCCACCACCAACUGAAUAUACAGAUCGUGUUAGUGAUCUUACACAGUCAUCAGGAAAUCAAGAUCUUGUUUCACAAAAAUUUAUGCAACAAAAUGUUGAAUUACAACGUCAAUUAGAAACUCUUCGUGCUAAACUUGAAUAUACAUUUACAUUACUUGAUGAAAAAUUAGAACAACAUACUGGAUCAACAUCAUCAAUACUUCAAGUAGCUAUUGAACAAAUGCGACAAUCAGAUGCAAAAAUACAAGAACUUCAAUUAAAAUUUACUUCUCAACAAGAAGAAAAUGAUCUUCUUAGAUAUUUAAUGGAUAAAUCUCAACGUGUAUCAGAUCUAAAUAUGACACAUUUAUUUAAUAUUAUUGAACAACGUUCACUUGAACGUGAAAUAAGUCGUGUUCAAUAUGAACUUGAAUUAACAGAAAAAAAACUUACUGAACUUGAACAACAAUUUGAAAAUUCUGAUGAAACUGUUAAAUUUAAUAUUGAAAGACUUAAAUUAAAAUGUGAUGUUUUACGUCAACAUAUUGUUACAUGUAAUCAACGAUUAAAUGAAGCUAUUAAACAAACACCACCAAUGGAAUUUACAGAUGAUAAUAUUCAAAUAUCAAAUCCUCAAAGACAAUGUCAACAUGAAGAUCUAAAUAUGACUGAACUUGAAAAUGAUCUUAUUACAUUACGUGAACAAUAUAAUGAUUUAGUUGAAUAUUCGAAUACACUUAAAUUUGAAUUAGAUAAUGCAAGAAAACAAUUACAUGAACAAUCUUUAUUAGAACGAGAUUCGUAUGAUUCAAGUCUUCUUGGAAAUGAUUCAACUGAAUUAGAACAUGAACGACAACGUUCUGCUCAACUUGAACAUGAAUUAAUGUCACUUAAAAUAAAAUAUGAAGAUGUAUGUGAACGUGUUACAGCUGCAACAUUACAACUUGAACGUGUACAAGUUGUACUCGAACAAACAUUACGUCGUUGUGAACAACUUGAAAAAGAAAAGUCGGAAAUUAAUGCACAAUCUGAAUAUCUUUCACAAAAUGUUGCAAAUGUGACGGCAAAAUAUAAAGAUAGAAUGAAUACAAUUAAAUCACGUUUAGAACAAACUGAUCGUGAAAGACGUGAAGCACAAAAUCGUACUGAACAAUUACAAAAUGAAAUAGAACGACUUAAAGAUGAAUUAACACAUAAAAAAGAAAUGAUUUUUGAAAAAGAUAAACUUAUUCAAGAUGCACAAUAUAAAAGUCGAGAAAUACUUCUUGAACGACAAUCAGUUGAAGAUAGAAUAUCACAUGAAUAUAAACGAUUAAAUGAACUUGUUGAUAAAAAUCGUCUUCUUGAAGAAGAAUUAGAACGUAUGCGACGUGGUCAGAUACUCGAAAAUAUUACUGUUCGACGAACUGAUGUUAUAAAUCUUGAUACGGGUACAGUUGAUUCAUCAAAUCGUAUGGAAGAAUUACGAUCAAAAGUCAAUGAAUUUGAACGAAAAUUUGCAACGGAAAAAGUUUCUAAAGAAUCAUUACAAGUUCAAAUAAAAAUACUCGAAGAAGAAAAUGCUGAUCUUCGAGAUAUAAUGAGUCAGAUGCGAAAGAGAACACAAGAUGAUCGACGAAUCGAUCGUGAUCGUAAUGACGAGAUUCAACAAUUGAUUGCUCGUGCUGAAUCAAAUGCUCGUCAAUAUAUGUCAAAUUUUAAAAUACCAACAACACCACCAACACCAAAUUUAGUUAGGAUGAUGCCAAUAUCCUCGCCAACAAAAGUUUCAUGA